AUGUGGGAUGGCGGCCUCUGGGGAGCUUGCAAGCUGUCCCGCGAAGUCAUCACCGAAGAGAUAUAUUCCAUGUGGCUUCGACUUCCUGACUACCGCCAGGGCUAUCUGGGCCGUCCUGCAAUCCUCACAAGUCGAAACACCCACGAAGAACAGGGGUAUAUAGUUUUCCCUUGGCGAGACAUAUUCUGUAUCAGAACAACAGACUGGAAGUCCUUGCCGCAGCACUUCGAACAUUGUAGUACCGGCCUCCCAUUCUUUGAUCCCCUAUCCUCUUCUAUCAUUCCGGUGUGCACACUUGCUAUUGAGUUUGAUUCAAGUUGGAUUAUUGACCUCCCUGAGACCCUGGAAGAACUCAAAGCCGAGAACUCUGCUCGUGGCUCGGUAGCAACAUGGAUUGAGAGCGUAGCCUCCGGAUGGGUCAGAGCACCCCAGCUCUAUCUGAUAGACAAGGGCACACUUUUGGUUCAAAAGACUCGCGGCUACGGUCCUAUCUAUCACAACUGCGACGGCAAGUACAAUGAUAUGCGUCAGCGGUGUUGCAACGAUGCUAUCUAUGUAUUUAUUGAGGCUUUGGAUGAGUUCCUUCCCUUUAAGGAGUGGAAACGGAAGUUAGUGAUGAAUAGUUAG